GGCUGCGCUUGGGGGUAAGUGCUGGUUGCAGCAGCAGCAGCCCUGGCACCGUGGACUCUGCUGUUACUGCAGUAGCAGCCGCCGCCUCCCCUUCUUUGCGGAUUGUUUGCAGUGCAGUAAGAGUCUGAAAUCGGAAAUGGACAAGAUACUAGAAGCUGUGAUGAUGUCUUCCUACCCCAACAACGUGAAACAAGGGCUAGUGAGACGCAUCAUCGAAGCAAUAAAGCAGCCCAUGGACAGCGAGCAGUGCUGGUCCAUGCUAGAACUCUCCACCAAGCUCUAUCUCAUGGGUGACACCAAGUUUAAGAGAGAGAUCGGCAAAGAAGUUUUGGAAGUUUACGGCCACUACCACCCGGAGGAGUUCGAGGAAUUCUUCAAUGUCCGAUUCCUCCUGAGUCUCCUCCAGGAAGGUUAUGGGCCUGCAGGGAAAAGGAGCCUUUAUGUAUUAGAUUAUAUCCACCUGGGUCUUCAGUUUGUCUUGGAGAGCCCGUCGGCUAGUGACAUUUUCAGCCUGCUGAGGAUUGAAGUGCUCCGCAAAGUCUGCGAGCGGCCUGGGCCCAAGCAGUGCGCUAAGAUCAGUAAGCUCUUAUCCCAGCACCCUCAAUGUGUUCCCACAGGUAAACACCAGAUUUUGUUUUGCCAGCAGCUGAUACGGUGCAUUGGGCAGUUCCAGUGCAUCUCAGAAGAAGAAGAUGACAUCAUGGCGUUUCUAGACCAUGUGAACAAAGUGAGCGGACUGUUGCAGAAGAUCUGGAGAGCUCAGACUUCCUCCAUUCUGCCAUCCUUGAAGGAGGUUUUUUCUAUCAUUUCUUCAACAGAGGAGCAGGAAGCUCCAUCGAAUGCCUUGGCCAGUGUGGUCCAGUACGUUCCACUAGAGCUCAUGGACGGUGUCAUAAGAAACCUAACCAAUGACGACAGCAUAACGGAUGUGCAGAUGAUGACCGCGAUCAGUAGGAUGAUUGACUGGGUCUCUUGGCCCCUAGGGAAGAACAUUGACAAAUGGAUCAUCGCUCUACUGAAGGGUUUGGCGGCAGUGAAAAAGUUCAGCAUCUUGAUUGAAGUCACUCUUUUGAAAAUUGAAAAGGUCUUUUCCAAGUUGCUGUACCCCAUUGUGAGGGAGGGAGCGCUGUCCGUUCUACUGUACAUGCUGCUGAGUUUCCAGCACUCGCAUGAAGCAUUCCACUUGCUUCUUCCCCACAUUCCCAGACUGGUGGCCUCUCUGAACAAGGAAGACUCCAACUCCGCAACAAGCUGCCUGGAACAGCUGGCCGAGCUGAUCCACUCUAUGUUCUUCCGGUUUUCAGGAUUUCCAGAUCUCUAUGAGCCGGUCAUGGAAGCAAUCAAAGCUCUUCCUAUUCCAAAUGAAGACCGAAUUAAACAUUUACUGGGACAAAAUGCUUGGACCUCCCAGAAGAAUGAGCUGGCCUGUUUCUACCCACGUCUAGCUUCCAAAUCUGACACGGGGAAGAUUGGGUUAAUUAACCUGGGGAACACCUGCUACAUGAACAGCAUCAUUCAGGCUCUUUUCAUGGCCUCCGACUUUAGGCACUCAGUGCUGAAUUUAACCGAAAGCAAUUCUCAGCCCUUGAUGACAAAGCUCCAGUGGCUCUUUGCAUUUCUGGAGCACAGUCAGCGACCUGCUAUCUCACCUGAAGGCUUCCUCUCGGCCUCCUGGCCUCCUUGGUUUAGCCCUGGAGCUCAGCAGGACUGUUCCGAAUACCUGAAGUACCUGCUGGAUCGCUCAAAAGCCAUAGAUCCCCUUCAAAUCCCUCCCAGCUGCAGGCUACAUGAAGAAGAGAAAACUGGGAAAAGAAUUUACCAAAAGCUUAAAGAGUCCAACUUGAUGCCUCAGGCUGAGGAGCGCCACUACUUAAACAAGACAUUAAUUGAGAAAAUGUUUGGGGGUAAGAUGAUGACAAAAAUCCGCUGUCUGAAGUGUCUAAAUGUCUCCUCCCGAGAAGAAGCCUUCACAGACCUAUCCUUGGCUUUCCCACCGUCCAACAGACACGUGCAUCGGCAGAGCCACGCAGCAGUUUUACCAGUGGAAGAAAUCGGCCCACAGAUUAUUGAGCCACCCAUAAAACCACAGAGUCAGGUAACGGAAUCUCCAAGGAGGCAAAGGAAGCACCCCGUGUCUGGAGAACCUCCCAUCCAGCUCUUGCCAAUAGAAACAGUUGGGUUUCAGGAAGCAGAGGGACAAGAGACUCCUUUCAUCUUGAGAUCCGACAGAGAUCAUGUCAGCUUGGAGGCAGUGAAAGAUCCACUGUUGUCUUUUGGAGAGCAGACUGGUGGCUCCGAGGACUCCAGAUCUGUCCCGGACUUAAUCAACUAUUUCUUAUCACCAGAAGUGCUGACAUCCGAGAAUAAAUAUCACUGUGAGAAGUGCGCUUCCCUGCAAGAUGCGGAGAAAGUGGCCGAGCUGACGGAGGGGCCACACUACCUUGUCCUCACCCUGCUGAGGUUCUCCUUUGACCUGAGGACCAUGAAGAGGAAGAAGAUCCUGGAUAACGUCUCAAUUCCAUUGGUGCUGAAGCUGCCGGUCCUGGUUGCCUCGGAGGACUCCGGUGAAGUACGCCAGAACAGGAAUGACAGGGCUGCCUCAUGCAAUGGAUUUGUGUCCAUGGUGUAUGAUCUCUGUAGCGUGGUGGUCCAUUCCGGAGUCUCCUCAGAGAGUGGUCAUUACUAUUGUUAUGCCAGAGACUGUACCAGUACUGAUGCCAGCAGCCAGCCAAGGGACGGGGCACAGAAAAGCACGUCAGACAAGCAGUUGGACUUUGAAAUCCAGUGGUACCUCUUCAAUGACACCAGAGUGUCCUUUUCCUCCUUCGAAUCGGUCAGCAACGUGACCUCUUUCUUCCCCAAAGACACGGCCUACGUGCUGUUCUACAGGCAGCGGCCAUGCAAGCAGAGCUGGGCUGUGCGCGAGGCCGUUUCAGAUGCCGUCCGGCUGCACGGGGAACUUUCUCCCAAUAAAGACUUGAUGGAAGCCAUUUCCAAAGAUAACAUCCUGUAUUUGCAGGAGCAAGAGAAGGAAGCAAGGAACAGAGCUGCCUACAUUUCAACCUUGCCCAAAUCCCCUCUAUGGUGGAGAGAUUUUGACAGGGACAAGGAUGACGAGGGCUCCUCUGGGGGCUGUGGUCCAGCUGCUGGAGGUGGAGGCUCGGGCUCGUUUCAUGGACUAGUCUUCUAAAGGCGCCAUUGAACACUGACUAUAACCAACAAGCAAGAAGCCCCACUUCAACUUCAUUUCUAACCAAGCCGCGGGGCCCGCAGAGGCCAGAGUGUCCUCUCACCUCCUUUGAAGUCAGUGUUACCAUGGAGAGGAGUUUGGCCCUGAAUCCUGUCUAAGUAGAAGGACUCGCUGCUGAUUCAGGGGACACAUUGCUGGCUGGAGUUAAAUCACUAGCACAUGGAGAUUCCCGUUGCUUUCUAUGCACUGAAUGCCUUAAAAUAAUAUUACUAGCUGCUGAGCUCUGCGGUGACGAGCUACUGACCGAUACCUAAGAGAAGUGCCACUUUCUUAACCGUAGCAUCAUCUUGCCUGCUGGGUACACCGUCAAUCAAGACUGGGGCAGGGAGAGGUGCAGGGAAGCAGGACUCUUUUGGAAGUGACCAAGUGCAGCGCCACUGACCCAAAUGCAGAGCCCAAAACUUCCACACAGAAAUGGGAUUUUCGGCCAACGUCUUCCAGAAGAGCCUAGUGAUUUUCAGACGCCUCAGGUUUUGGGUGGCCAACUUGCCAUACCCCUUAAAGGAGCCUGAUUUUCAGAAAGUGCUGAGUACCUGCCCUCAGAAAAUCAGGCCCCCUUUAAGGCAUCCCACAUUGGGCACCCAAAACCUGAGACACCUUAAAAUUGCUAGUCACUUCUGUAAAUCUUGCCUUGUUGAGAUCACUGGGUGCAGCAGCCACAGCUCCAUCUUAAUCCUAGAAGCCAGGCUCCUUGAUUCAAGAUGGAGCAUGGGAUGCCAGUAUAAUACACUGGCAUAGUGUCUGUGAUCACAACUCUCACCAGUGGCUGGUCCCCAACAACUCUUAUAGUCUGCUGCUUACUCACUUCCUGCAGGGCUGACUCCUCUGGUGUGAGUGGGAUGGAGUUGUGCUGUUUAUGCCAGAGGGGCCGGGUUCAAUUCCUGACUGUGGUGUGUGUGAAUAUUGUGUAUCCAUAGAACAAAAAAACCCCCAAAUCCUGAAUUAAAUUCAAAUGACAAAAACAGGAAGUCUGUUAGAGCGGCUAAAUGCAGCAGAUCAGUUGUGGAAUGAGAGUUAUUUGUUCAGUUCUAAUUAGUACUAUCUGACCCUUUUGAGGUUUGCCCAGCACUAGCACAAUUUCCUCUCACUUCUAAUCAUUCUAGCCCCGGUUAGGUUUUUUCUGAAGGAUCAGCAGAUGCACAGUCCCACUCCCGGGCUCUUAUUCAGGCAAAACUCCCAUUAAAAUUAGGACGUCGCACCUUUCUGUCGUGAAGUGUGCGCAUCUUUGUUCCACCAUGAGGGAAUUGCACUACACGAGACGAGGGCCUCUCUGGCAAAGUCUCUCCUCCCUUUCACCUUGUGUAGCAGUGGCAGGACUGCUCCAUGCUCUGCAGUUGCAAGGGGGCUCUGGGAACUGCAGGAUGCCUCUGAAAUCC